CUGAUAUUCCAUCCUCGCCAUUUUGCAAUGUGGGAGAGAGGGAGGCGACUUUUUAUGGCUAACGAAUAAAACAAAGCAGGUUUAUGUGUUGAGGACAAAGAGCGUCGAGACUUUCCGUGUCAGUCAUGGAGGAGAUCAGCAAUGUAGCUGUACUCAUCACACAAUCCUCCUCUUCCUCCUCCACUCCAUCAGCACUGGGAUCCCUCUCUCAGACCCAAACCCAGCAAGAGGAGGACCCCCCCCAGAGUUUUCAGCAGAAACAAGCAGCAGAUUCUCUGAUCCAGGUCAUUGAGAAGCUCAGCAAAAUUGUGGAGAAGCGGCCCCAGCGCCGCUGCACCAUCGUGGGACAGAAAAGGGCCUCCUCUGCAGUGGGAGGAGGAGCUGAGGAGGGGACGAGGGGGAGCAGAGGAGGCUCUCCCUAUAAGAAAAUCAAGAGGACGUUUAAGGGGCAGGAGAGUGAAGAGGAGGUGCGAAUAGAUGGCAGCACGACUGAUGGCGCUCGUUCUUCUCCCGUGUCAAGUGACAGUAACAAUGACAUCACCUCCACGUUAACAGAGGUAGCCGGCAACCCAAAUGGCAGCAACCACAAGCGGACAGUGACGUGCUAUCAGUGCAGCCUGUGCCCCUAUCUCUCCCAAACGCUGCCCCUGCUGAAAGAACACCUGAAACAACACAAUGAGCAGCACAGUGACCUCAUCCUCAUGUGCUCUGAGUGUCGCUUUACCUCCAGAGACCAGAGGCAGUUGGAGGCACAUGUCAGGCAGCACUUCGACAAUGGUGGCAACCUGAGGACAAAUUCCACUCUGACAGACACCUACAGCGAGUGCAAAGAAGAGGUUUUAAGGAGUCCGGAUGGGGACUGGACCGGGAGCAGUGGCAGUAUGGGAACCGAGGUGAUCAAAAGUUCACUGGACGGUUCCAAGGAGCUAGCGCAGAAAAAGAAAUGGUAUAGCUAUGAGGAGUAUGGAUUGUACCGUUGCCUGAUCUGCAGCUACGUUUGCAGCCAGCAGCGAAUGCUCAAGACCCAUGCCUGGAAACACGCUGGCCUGGUUGACUGCUCUUACCCCAUCUUUGAGGAUGAAGAUGGAGCUACCGCAAGGAGAGAGGUCCAGGCUACAGCUAACACUGCUGCAACCAGAGAGGAAAUAGUUGUUAUUUCCCCAGUUCUUCAAGAUAAAAGCCUACAAAAGCUGCCCACGGCCUUCAAGCUCCAGCUCUGUGUGCCAAUGGCUGUUGAGAACAAAAGGGAUGUGUUGAAUCAUCCUGUUUCUAAUGAAAUUCCAAAAACAGAGGAGGAGGAGGAAAGUGUGUACCCUAUCAAAGACCUGACCUCUGAGGAGCCCAUGGUGGAGGUGCAGGUGACGACAGAGGCGGAGUCUGAGGUGGAGAUUGAUAAUCACCAUGAUAGCACCUCUGUCACGGACAGCUUACUAUCAUCAGCUCAGAAGAUUAUCAACAGCAGUCCCAACAGUGCCGGCCACAUCAACGUGAUUGUAGAACGCCUUCCUUCAGCUGAGGAUUCAGUCAUGGCGACUAACCCACUUCUUCUCAGCCCAGAUGCGGACAGGGAUAAGAGCUUACUGGAUGCAGAGGUUGAGAAGCGGGACCGUGUGGGAGCAGUGAAGGAUGAAGUGGUCCCUGGCUGCACAUCUGACAGCCAGCCUUUAGCAUCUGAUAUCAAAUCCUCUGUCGCUAUGGGUAGCGACUCGCCACGAGAUGAAAACAUCCCCCCAGCUGGGCGCAAGAGGACUCAUUCUGAGUCGCUCCGCCUUCACUCUCUGGCAGCUGAGGUCCUGGUAGCUAUGCCUAUGAGGACCCCUGAGCUUCCCACCUCUAGCAACAAGGUAAGUGUGAAAACAAUUACAGCCCAGGCCCAGAGCCCAAACACGGUCCAGAAACCUGUAGAUGUGACCACAGCAGGACCGAAGGCCUCUGACGUAGGGACAACGGCUGCUUUAUUGGACUUGGAGCUUCAUAGCGAGGGCAGAGAAGAAGAUUUGGGCUCUCUGUGCCUGGGGGAAGGAGACGAGGAGGGCCCUGCCACUAAAGCCGGCAUCAGCCUGUCACUUCUCACUGUCAUCGAAAGACUGAGAGAGCGCUCGGACCAGAACGCCUCAGAUGAGGACAUCUUAAAAGAGCUUCAGGACAACGCACAGUUCCAAAACGGAGCCGUAGCCGGUGUGGUCACAGGGAACGGAGCUGGGAGUUACAUGUGUAGCAUCCCAGGAAUGGACGGGUUGGUCACAUCUCCUGACGGUGGUCUGGUGGACUUCAUACCUGGCAGUGACAGGCCAUACCGGUGCCGCCUGUGUCGCUACAGCAGCGGCAAUAAGGGCUACAUUAAACAGCACCUACGGGUGCACAGGCAGAGGCAGCCGUAUCAGUGUCCCAUCUGUGAACACAUCGCCUCGGACAGUAAAGACCUCGAGAGCCAUAUGAUUCACCACUGUAAGACCAGGAUGUACCAGUGUAAGCAGUGCCCAGAUGCCUUCCAUUACAAGAGCCAGUUAAGAAAUCAUGAAAGGGAACAGCACAGCUUCAGUGGUGACACGGCAGCCCUCACACCAGUCACUGAAACCGUGGCCAUGGUGGAGGAAGCUGAGCGGGUAACAGAUGAAGAAUGUGGUAUGCAGAAGAUGUAUAAGUGUGAUGUGUGCGACUACACCAGCUCUACAUAUGUUGGGGUGAGGAACCACCGCAGGAUUCAUAACUCUGACAAGCCUUAUCGGUGUUGUAGCUGUGAUUUUGCUACCACCAACAUGAACAGUUUAAAGAGCCACAUGAAGAGGCACCCUCAGGAGCACCAGGCCGUGCAGCUGCUGGAGCAGUACAGGUGCUCUCUGUGUGGCUAUGUGUGCAGUCAUCCCCCGUCACUCAAAUCCCACAUGUGGAAGCACGCUGGAGACCAGAACUACAACUACGAGCAAGUUAACAAAGCCAUUAAUGAGGCCAUCUCCCAGAGCAACCGAGCCCCUCAGAAGUUGUCGGCGGUGCUGGAGUCAGUGGCAGAGCGCCCUGCAGUGGCCCAGCCCUCAAAGGACAAAGCAAAGGGCCCAGUGGAACCACUGCCAACACCCACAUCAGUGACGACAACAACAACAACAACAACAACAGCAGCUGGCCUGGCUGUGGACAGCUCAGCAGGCCUGCCCACCACAGACCCUUCACAGUGGCCUGGUGAAUCCCCAAGCCCCCAGGGGAAGGACCCUGCACAGCUCCAGUCUCAGUCCCAGAGCCAGCCACGCACAGGCCAGGCCCCCGUCCCAGGCCCCGGCAUGGAAUACUGCGUGCUUUUGUUCUGCUGCUGUAUCUGUGGCUUUGAGUCAACCAGUAAAGAGCGGCUGAUGGAGCACAUGAAGGAGCACGAGGGAGACAUCAUUAGCAUCAUCCUCAACAAGGAGCAGCAGCAACCAGAAGCACAAGCAGGCCUCCAAACUGCAGAGUGAGAGCUGCCCUCCCCUCCCUCUCUUUAUGUUAACACUGACGCUGCACUCUUACAACCAUCUGCUGCCCACAAAAGUAUUUCAUUAUGUUUCUUUACCUCAACGUGGUCACGGUGGAUAUCAAGGUGUAAACAUUUCACAUCUACUGUACUAUAGUAGUUAAUUGUCAUUUCUCAGAAUGUUCUCUGGUCAGGUCGGUUGUGCUAUCGAAGAGUUCCAACUGUCACUGCUGUCCAGCGCAGACACCUUGAACAGGUGUCAAGGGAAAUUGUGAAAUUAUUUUCUGAGUGGCAUAUCCUUUGAAAGGAAUGUGAAAAAAAAAAACUUGUAACAUUAAAAUAAUGUUAGAAUCCGUUUUUGUCAAACAACUUGACAUUAAAGAGACACAAAAUGUGUCUGUAGGGAAGCAAUUGUAAUUCUAAGGGACAAGCCCGAGCUCUAAUCCAAGUUUAUUUUUCAGUAUACAGGGACAUGUUCAUACCUCACAAAACCAAACAAUCCCUCACCAGAAAUGGAAAAAAAAGAUUCACAUAUUUUCCAGUCUAAUUCAUGUAUUGACCGUAAGGCAGCUCUUUUAUUGCUACUGUAAUAUUUAAUGUAUUUGAUCUGACACCGUUGAGGCUCUAGCCUAGUUAAGGAGGUACGUGUUCAAACUCACCAAUGCCUAAAGGCAUGCAUCACAGCUUGAAUAUGAUUUCAUAUUUAUCAGUUUAUUUUUAUGCAUGUUUCUUUUCUGCCAAUUUAAAGAGGCAAAUGUUAAUUAUUAUUUGCAUUUUUGUAUGUAUGAGUGACUGUAAUUUUACCUGUUGGAUCGUUUAUAAGGAAAAGCAGUGUCAUUAGAGGAGAAAGUCUGAGUUCUCAAAGGAAGAGCGGAAGUUGACCAGAGUUUGAUGAUUGUAGUCUACCAACGAUGCGACUAUUGGGUUUAAGGCAUGUUGACGAAAAAGGAAUGAUAAAAAGGGAAGUUAGCUUAGGUAGGGCUGUUACUGUAAUCAAAUGGUGCCUGGAUAUUUGAAAGCAGGAAUAUGUAUUGAAUCAGACACACCUGUUUUCACCUGUGAUUGUGGUGCUAGGCUCACUUUAAGCGUUGUCAUUGAAGGUGUAGUCUUUUUUUAGCCCAUGCAAUUUCUGUUGUAUAUAAUAACAUUUUUAUAAUAACCUUUGCUCUUUUCUGUCAGUGUUUUUAAAAUAUAAACUUUUUAGUGUCAAACUUGAAAUGGCCGCUGUCCCAGCUAACAAAUAUGGCUGAAAUAAGAAGACAUGGAUGUGAAAAUAAAGUUUGGAAGGCGACAUGUUUUAUUGAGGUUUAUUGGCGCAGUCCUCCCAUGUGCUCUCAUGUGAUUGACUGGAAGCAGGAGUGUAAUAUAAGGAUAAUAUCAGCUCUGAUCGGGAAACACUCAACUCAGCACAGUGUAAUGACGAUACCUUGAUCAAUGAAGGCUUGGUGUUUACCGUGAUGGAUCGACUCACUGGGUGGAAGUUAUUUUUCAUGCAGAAUGAGCAGCAGCAAAUGGCUUUUUCUGAAAGGAGAAAAAUUGAACCUUAAUAUCUCAAAUGAUGCUGACUGUGCCGAAAACACCUGGCUUAAUGUGCGGGAAAGGAGUACUGGCACAACUCUUGCUAUUCGCUCACCCACAUGCGUGUUAGGAACAACCAAAAUAUGUCUUGCACCUAAAUGUUGAUUCACGUCAAACUGUGCCAUUUGAUUGCUAUGAUUGGUGUCACUGGGAAGCCUUACAGGAGAACAUUCAUGCUUCUGCCACAAUCUUGCCAGAAAAAAACCCUUUUACAUCUCAUCCAAACAUUGAAAUUAACAGAAAAUUAAACAGACUGAAGAUUAUUCUCUGUCAGCAUCUCAAGCUGUCUAAUGAAUCACGCAGUCCUGUCAGGCAGUCAUCAGUAUGUCAUCCACAUAGACAGAGGCUGAGGAAAUUAAGAUAAAAUGGAAUAUCCAUAAUUCAUGGGCCCCCUACUCCACCUGACAUAACAUCUUGAAAUUGUGUCUGCACGUGUGUGUAGCAUAGUGGAUAAAACCAAAUUAAAUCUCUAUCUCAAAGACCUUGUUACCUGGGAUGGAAUUCUCAUUAUCAAAGAGGGGAAUGAUUGUCUGGCUUUUAAUUUACAAUGCUGCAUGGCAGAAUUAGGGAAGUUUGUGACAUGUCUAUACUUUAAAGGAUAAAAUAAAAGUGGGACUUGAGUGCUCCACCUGUCUGAUAAACCUGGCAUGCAUGUGAAUGAGCAGUGAGAGUUAAAGGCUGGACAGACACACCCCAGCUCUCUCCUCUCUGUCAUGUGGGGAUCCUCUAUUAAACUUGAAUGGCCUGCUGGUCCCACUGACCUGCUAUACUUAACUUAGUUGCACACAGUUCUCUUUUGCAAUGAGGAAUUAUUAGCAAUAUUUCAGGUGCAAUCAGUUUUGGUUUUACUUUUGGUAAAAAAAAUAAAAUGGUUAAGAUAAUCUGGCUAAACUGUUGGUUUUUGUGUAACUGGUAUGAUGGUGUUUCAUGCCCUGCAGUGCUUUGUUGAGGCAAUUUCGUCAUAUUCUGAAAUCUUAGCAAUUAAAUGGUUUGCCACAUAUUUUUGUUAAGUGUCAGUAAAUUCCAUUAAAAGACCAAAACCAGCAGCACAUUACUGCAGCGAUACUCAACUUACAACCUGUGGGCUGCAUUUGGCUCAUGAUGGGAUGCCACGUGGCCCGCUAACCAUUUUCUUACUCACAAUGAAAAUAAAUUGAUUCAUAGUGAGAAUGCAAAUGAGGUGCCAGAGUUAAUUUAAAAAAUAGUGCAAGGAGAGGAUCCCCUGACCCUCCAACAGAGUUCUGAGCUAAAACCUGAAUGUCCUCAAAUCCUAAAAACACCCCUGCUUACAACUGACCUGUUUGGGGCAGCUGCGACUGGGUUUGCCUCUUGGCAAAGAUGAGUGAGGAAGGCCAGUGUCAAGGUUGAAAACAGACAGUUCAUCAAUUGUAUAUUCUAAUAAAUAUCAUAAAUGUUCGUUUAAUAACUGGCCCCUGGCCUCUUGACAUUUUGCAAAAGUGGCCUUCAGACAAAGCAAGUGGAGUAUCCCUGAUUUAAUCCACCUUAAAAUCAUUUCCAGCCUACCCUGUUUGUGGCACCAACACAAGCAUACUGGUUACAACUGAAGACAUACCAAACCUUAUGAAUAUUUUUCCUGCAUUUUUUUCUUUUUGAAGGUGACAUCAUUUCUAAUAACAGUUUUUGACAAACGGCAAUUAAACAAGCCAUAGUGUAUAUGUUUGGGACUAUUUUCAGCCGCUUAUUUAUAUACAUUUGGUGCAGUGUAUGUGGGAUUGACUCAGACUACAGUGCAGUGCAGAACAAGUGAUUCAAGUGAUACAAGAGCUCUAUGGCACGGAGGAAUAAUAUAUAUCAGACUUUGGAUGCAAAAACAAUACUGUCAAUACUUAACAGUGGGAUACAUUUGUUGUUAACUUCUGUCUUUUAAUGGGAGUUGUUGAAAAUAAAAAUCAAGGGCAAAAUCUGGUGUGUACAGGUUUAACCAACAGACAUGAUGGCCAAAGCUACAAAAAUAAGCAUCCAAGUGCAGUCUAUGACUGCACAGUAAAUGUGUAUAACAGAGUAACUUGUAACUCUUGUAAACUCUAUAAAGAAUGCAUUUCUGUUGUAUUGCAAAUUAAGCACUGUAGUGUCAGCCAGACUUGGAAAAAAUGAACAAGCUGUCAUGUCGCAUCAACUUUUAUACUGACUACAACAUGUUUAUAUUUCAAGUAAAGUGAAAUCAUUUUAGAUAUCUUUUAGUAACCUAACAAAUAAAGACAAUAAAACUACUUGUACUGCAAGUUUAAGCUCACAGCUGGCAAAUAACAUCUUGGGUCAUUCCCCUGGUGGCAACUGCAUAUAGGUCAAGUGGGGUUUUGCAUGUAGUGAUAUUUUCCAUUUAGUGUCACAAAUUGCAAAAGUGUGUCAACACAGGCUGCAGACACUGCAAGUAUGAAAGCAAGUGUCUCUACCACUCUGAGAACGUGUGGAUCUUCCCUGUUCACACGGUUCCAUUUCCCUCAGACUUAAUUUGCACCACAGCUACAAAACUUUGUGCCAUAUUAGCUUUUUUUAGAAACAAGAAUUGUCUUUUGUUUUGGUUAAUUGUGCCUUUUGGUUCAAGGUAAUAUUUGUGUUGAAACUAGAAUUUUUUACCUCUCUGCCACAACGUCAGUCACAUGUCUGAAUGUGCUAGCCAUAGAUCUGUAUUUUGAUUUGGGCACACAAUACUCAGCCAGCUCUAUUAAAGAUGAUUAUUGUGAAAAUUUCACUGUCUGACCUCAAUAUGUUUUCCACAGAGGCAAAUCCACGUUUGUUUUAUCCAGCAGUUUUAGCGUCACUGAAACAAUAAACCAAGUAUGUGAAACAGCUCUUUCUUACAUGACUAGCUAAUGAGCUCAAACACUUUCCUAAUGUAUUUAAAGUGUGUACAUAUUGUAGAUGAAAACUACAGAACCUUAAAACUGACAUUUUUAAAAUAUAUAAUCUAUUUUUUAAUGAUCUUGUAAAAAAAAAACAAAAAAAAAACAAUUGAGACAAAAAAAAAAGUUU